GGAAUGGAGGGGGCAGGGCACCAGGCUUCAGAUGCUUCUGGGUGCAGAUGCAGAUUUUCAGGAUGUACAACAUGGAGCAUCCCCAAGGUAACUGUGUUGAGAGCCUGCGAGGCAGGUGAACGUGGAUCCUCUACCCCCUCUCCUGACUGAGUUCACCAGGGAACAAGCUUUGUAAACUCUUUGAGGGUAGGGGCUGUGAUUAUUUACUCUCAUAUCUUCAGAGCCUGGUGUUGAGGUUGGUGCUUUGUAGGCACUCAGGAACUUUCAAAUGAAUGAAGGGAGGGAGGGAGGAAAGAAGGAUGGGUCCCUGGUAGGAUCUGAUGAUGGGAUGGGAGCUCCAGGCAAAUGUCAACCAAUCCCUCUCCUGGGUCAGCCCCCAGGGGCUCACCCUUCUUUGCAUUUCCAGCUCUCAUGAGGUCAGUGUGCACAGGAAAGCUCACUCCUCUAAUCUCCUCUGAUCCUACUGCACCAGAGAAACUAAGCCAGAAUUCAACCAAGUCUCAGUCUAGAUAAACAAGACAAAAGAAAUAAGAUUUGAGGAGAAGAUCUCCUUCAAGGGAAAGUUGCUGUGUUUGUCCAAGACCUUUGUCCCAUCCAUGUAUCAUCCCUCAAGUAAAUGCUUCUUGUUCACUUGUUCAUUAGAUUUCAAGUGCAGUCCCUGGCCUAUAAGUCCCUACAAUUAUAAGUUUCUCUUGUCAUUGCACAUUCUUCAUCAGGAGAAUGCCGGAGGAGCUCAGCCAACAGUUCCUCAUCAGUAGCAGAUUCUUCAGAACUUGGGCACUACACAGAUGCCCUUGAGCUCUUUGAAUACAGGUUGAUUUUUAGAAAAUACAUUAAGACAGAACUUAAAAACAAUAGAUUGACUAAUUAUAGUCCAAAGACGAGUGUACCUCUAACCACAGUUUUCAUUUAUUUUUAAAUGUUUCCUUCAUGGCCUUUCUUGUGGCUCCCCCUAUGCAGUUUGUGUAUUUGUUGAAAACUUUAUGUGUUUUUAACAUGGUUUUUGCCAAACUUGGUUUUUCUGAGACCGUCUUUUCUCAUAGGCUUAGUUUUACCGUCCUAUCUGUAGUCGGCUACUUUCGGUGGCAGAAGAGGCCACAUCUGCUUCCUGUAGGCCCUCUGGGCAGAAGCAUGCAGUGGUGUCUCUUCCUGAUCUGGGCCCAGGGGCUGAGGCAGGCUCCCCUCGCCUCAGGAAUGAUGACAGGCACAAUAGAAACAACGGGGAACAUUUCUGCAAAGAAAGGUGGCUCUGUUAUCUUACAAUGUCACCUCUCCUCCACCAUGGCACAAGUGACCCAGGUCAACUGGGAGCAGCAGGACCAGCUUCUGGCCAUUUGUAAUGCUGACCUGGGGUGGCACAUCUCCCCAGCCUUCAAGGAUCGAGUGGACCCGGGUCCUGGCCUGGGCCUCACCCUCCAGUCGCUGACCAUGAAUGAUACAGGGGAGUACUUCUGCACCUAUCACACCUACCCUGAUGGGACUUACACAGGGAGAAUCUUCCUGGAGGUCCUAGAAAGCUCAGUGGCUGAGCACAGUGCCAGGUUCCAGAUUCCAUUGCUUGGAGCCAUGGCCAUGAUGCUGGUGGUCAUCUGCAUAGCAGUCAUCGUGGUGGUCGUGUUGGCUAGAAAGAAAUCCCUCAGAAUCCACUCUGUGGAAAGUGGCCUCAGGAGAAAAUCAACUGGACAGGAAGAACGGAUUCCCAGUGCUCCCUCACCCCCAGGAAGCUGUGUCCAGGCAGAAGCUGCACCUGCUGGGCUCUGUGGAGAGCAGCAGGGAGAUGACUGUGCCGAGCUGCAUGACUACUUCAAUGUCCUGAGUUACAGAAGCCUGGGGAGCUGCAGCUUCUUCACAGAGACUGGUUAGCAAACAGAGGCAUGUUCUGGAAGAUACACUUUUGUCUUGACUAUUAUAGAUGUCUUGACUAAUAUAUAAGCAGCUGUAUUCGUCAUCAGUGUGCGCGCGCAUGUGCGCGUGUGUGUGUGUUCAGUUGAGUGAAUAAAUGUCAUCCUCUUCUCUAUCUUCAUUUCCUUGGCCUUUUUGUUCUAUUCCAUUAUGCAUUAUGGCAGGCUUAGGGUGAGUAACAUGGAUCUUGAUCAUAAAUGCAAAAUCGAAAAAAUAUCUUGACCUGAUUUUAAAUCUG